GUCAGCUGGUCAUUGCUUAAUGCUGAUCCCCACCACCAUCCCAUAACCCUCAUCAUCCCCCAACCCAACCGUCUUGGUAGAAUUUAACUGUCCACUCACUUUCCUACACGUCAUCUCCUUCCUCUCAAAUCCUUGCCCUUCCGAAAUUUCACGACCCGCCGUUCUCACACCCUGCAACCCUUCCUAUUCCUUCAUUCCCCUUUCUCUCAAUUCCAUGUUUUAGGAUUUCUAUCUCCUUUUCCGCUUUCGGUGGGUCCCCUCUCUCUUGGGUUAGCUCUGUGCUAACUUUCCUAUUCCAUGGGAUCCUUCGCGAUGGGACUUUGGGGCUUCCUUGUCGCCUUCGCUGGCUUCCUUUCGGGAAGCCUUACAUGCGCCGCCGGACUGCCUGCGGUUUCUCUCGGGACCAGCGUCUGUCCUGCCGCGUCCCUUUCCGAAUCGAUCUUAGGGUUUCGUGAUUGGAGCUUCUAUCCCAGCGAUGUUGUUGGAUCCAUCGACUAUGUUGGCGUCACCGAGGGAGAUGAAAUUUCAUUGCAAAAGGCAUUGAAUAUAGUUCACAAGAAUAACCAUGAUUAUGUGGCUGUGCUCUUCUACGCAUCUUGGUGUCCUUUCUCUAGGAUAUUUAGACCAAGUUUCUCCAUCAUGUCUUCCCUAUUUCCUUCCAUUCCACAUUUUGCAAUUGAAGAGUCAAAUAUCAGGCCUAGUAUACUGUCAAAAUAUGGUGUUCAUGGCUUCCCCACACUGUUCAUUUUAAAUUCUACCAUGCGUGUCCGUUAUCAUGGAUCCCGGACUCUUAUCUCUCUCUUAGGUUUCUACAGUGAUGUUACCGGGAUUAGGACUUUCUCACACGAUCAACCUUCUCUUGAGAAAAUUGGGAGCCUAUCGGUUCAUGAGAAACACGGUUACACUGAGCCAGAAAGUUGUCCAUUUUCUUGGGCAAGAUCACCGGAAAAUUUGGUGCGACAGGAGACAUAUUUAGCUCUGGCUGCUACCUUUGUGCUUCUGAGACUACUAUACUUCAUUUUCCCUACACUGCUUGCGUGCGUUCAAUGUAUUUGGAGAAGUGUUAUCCAGAAUAUUAGAUUAGGGAAUUUGUUGGAACAUCCUUUGGUAUAUCUGAAGCGAAUAAUGCAGUCUAUAAGCUGUCUGAGAGUGCCUUGCAAGAGAAGUAAUCUGCAGGAAGGAGCACUGAAUGCUAAAGUUUGGGCUUCCAAAUCCCUUGCUACAGUUUCAAUUGGGGAGGGUAGCACCAGUCGUGGGGUGCACCAGUAAGCUGAUUGCACUGGUGACCAGUUUGCUGUGAUGAGCGUGUGCCCUUUGAAAGGCUUGGCUGCAAGAUAGAGCGUGGAGUUGGGAUUUAUAAUCAGACCCCUUCAUGGGUAUUACGUGGCCUGGUGAUCUUUAAGAAGGUCAUCAGUUUCCUGAAUGAAGUAAUUAAUCCCUCUUCAUUUGGCCAUGUGAUUUUGAGUACUUAUUCAUUUGGCGUGAUAGAAAUUUGGGACUUUGAUGUGAAUAGAUUUUAUAAUUAGCAAACUCAAGCAGAAGUCUUUAAUUCUUUGCCUUGUAAGCUUACAUGAGGGCCCAUCGUUGACCGUUACCACAUAAAAUUAAUUAUUGCUGAGAAUGAAGUGAUUGUAAAUGC